AUGCCUCCUACCAAGGCGCCUGCGCUGGCAAACAGCGAAUACCAAGUGGGAUGGAUCUGUGCGCUUCCCCUGGAGAUGACCGCAGCAAGAGCCAUGUUGGAUGAGAUACACGACCAACCACAAGAGCAAGAUCCAUCCGACCACAACAAUUACUGUCUCGGUCGCAUACAGAAGCAUAACAUCGUGAUCGCAUGUCUGCCGGACUAUGGAACCACAUCUGCUGCUGUUGUAGCCGAGCAAAUGCUGCACAGUUUCAAGGAGACCCGAUUUGGAUUGAUGGUCGGGAUUGGAGGUGGCGUUCCAAGUGCUAAACGUGACAUUCGACUUGGGGAUAUCGUUGUCAGCAGGCCACAAGGAACACUCAGUGGGGUGGUGCAGUAUGAUCUGGGUAAAGCAAUAACAGAAGGUCGACUCGAGAGGACAGGCUCCCUAGAUCGGCCUCCUCAGAUGGUAUUGACAGCGUUGGGCACAUUGGAGGCAACUCAUGAAAUGGAAGAUAGCAAAAUUCCAUUAUUCAUUAAGCAGAUGUCUACCAAUUACCCUAAGAUGGCAAGAAAAUAUGGCUAUCCCAGCCGCGGCAAAGAUCGAUUGUUCAAUGCGAAUUACAAUCACCCAGAUUCGUUUCCCAAUUGUGAUUCUUGCGACAUCUCUGAGCUGAUUGAUCGACGAGACCGUGAAUCAAAUGAUCCACGCAUUCAUUAUGGUCUCAUCGCUUCGGGGAAUCAGGUCAUCAAGCACGGCUUGACUCGAUCAAAAUAUGGCGAGGAUCUGGGGGUGCUCUGUUUUGAGAUGGAAGCAGCAGGACUCAUGAAUCACUUCAAAUGUCUUGUUAUCAGAGGCAUCUGUGAUUACUCAGAUUCCCACAAAAACAAGGAGUGGCAACCGUAUGCAGCAAUCACGGCCGCGGCUUACGCCAAAGAACUCUUGCUUAUUAUACCGGCUCACAAAGUAAAAUUAGAACAGCGGAUUGUUCAAGUCGCAGACCCUGAAUCACAUCAACUCGCAACGAAGCUACUUGCAACGACGAACGAACAGAACAAGAAGGUUAACGCACGAUAUGAAGAUGAGCGAGAUCGGCAAUGCCACCAAGUCUUCAAAACCUCCGAGUAUGAAAGACAUAAGGACCGUAAUCCAGAUCGUGUUGAAGGCACUUGUCAGUGGGUAUUCAACCACGGUCAGUAUAAAUCAUGGCUGAAAAACACACGUAACGACCUACUGUGGCUUUCAGCCGACCCUGGGUGUGGCAAGAGUGUACUCUCCAAGUCACUGAUUGACAAAGAGUUCAAGGGCCCUGAAUAUUCAACCUGUUACUUUUUCUUCAAGGAUAAUGACGAGCAAAACAGUCUAUCGACUGCUCUUUGCGCGUUGCUACAUCAACUCUUCAGUUACCGGCCUCAGCUGCUGUACUACGCACUUCCACACUGGGACAUAUUAAAAGAGAUGUUGCAAAAAGAGACCAGGGAACUUUGGCGAAUCCUAGUCUCUUCCGCAACCGAUCCUGCUGCUGGCGAUGUUAUCUGUGUAUUGGACGCUCUUGAUGAAUGUGCUGAUGAAGGACGGCAAGAGCUAAUUAAUAUGCUCACUGAUUUCUACAAUGAUUCCGUCAGCAAAGCUCCAAGAAAAUCAAGUCUGAGAUUUCUUGUGACAAGCCGUCCAUAUUAUGACAUCGAGCGUCAAUUUUGUGGAAUCACAAAUGGGUUACCAACAAUCCGACUUGCUGGAGAAGAAGAGAACGAGCAGAUUAGCACUGAGAUCGACCACGUUACAUGUGCCUGGGUCUCCAAGCUUUCAACUGAGUUAGAUCUCCGACAAAACCUUCAAGAAAAGCUACAAGCACGGUUACAGCAAACAAGUAACCGUACAUACCUCUGGCUUUACCUAGUCUUCGAAGAAAUCCGCAAGAGCCUAAAAAGGACUGAGAGAAAGUUCAACAAGAUCGUUGCAGAAAUCCCAAAAUCAGUCGACGAAGCCUAUGAGAACAUUCUGAACAAAAGCACAGAUCAAGAAGAAGCAAAAGUCCUCCUCAGCAUAAUCGUAGGUGCGACAAGGCCCCUUACUCUGAAAGAAAUGGACGUGGCUCUCGCCCUGGCAAGUCAGGAUGAUUGUUCCUGCUUUGAAGACCUAGACCUUGAUAGGGAACACCUUAAAAUAAGGAUUCGAAAUCUCUGUGGUCUGUUCGUAUAUAUUUCAGACUCCAGAAUACAGCUUUUCCACCAAACGGCCAAAGAAUUUCUUUUGAAGACGGAUCUGAAGUCGGGUAAUGGAUCUGGCCUGUGGAAAAAGUCUCUGUCUCAACAGUACUGUGAAUUCAUCAUGGCAAAGACUUGUAUGCGAUAUCUUCUUUUGGACGACUUUGAAGACCCUAGGAAAGACGCAGACACGGGAGCAGUAUCGAAUGUCUGGGAGGCCACCCUAGAUGCUGAGCUCACAGGAAAUGAUGAGGACGAGGAACGUGAUCCCAGCGAACUGUACGAUUUAGCCGAAGAUUCGCCGGAGGACUUGCGAGUAAAGGCUGCGGACAAGAAAGAGAUUGAGUCGGGAGACCACCAAGUGGUCGACAGUAACGAAGAAGCCGACAAAGGAAGCAUUUACCAAAACUCAAUCUACGACUUCAUGGACUACUCGGCGGUGAAUUGGCCAGAGCACCUUCGAAUCGCAGAUGUGGGUCAGGGCAGCGAAGAGUUCAGCUUAUGCUUGACACUUCUUAAUACUACUUCUCCACGUUAUACAAUCUGGUUUCCGAUUUACUGGAACAUUGAAUGCCUGUAUUUGAUUCCCAGAGACUACAACUACAAAAUGCCAGGCUGGACUGGCUUCCACUUCGCUGCAUCUGCCGGCCACAAGAAGCUCGUGGAAGUCUUGUUAGAGUCCGAGAAAACCGACAUCAACUUACAGGAUGAUGAGGGGAACCCCGCAUUGUUAUAUGCUACCAUAAAAAAUCACUAUACAGUGGCACAGCUCCUCCUAGACAAGGGUGCAGACGCAAAUGUGCAAUGUCGUGGUUUCAACAGUGCACUUGAAGCUGCAGUUGACCUGGGACAUGUUGAGAUCGUACAACUUCUUAUUGAGAAGGGUGCAAAUCAGUAUCAUACAGCACUUUAUCAAGCUAUCUCUAAUGGAUAUAUUGAGAUUGUACGACUUCUUAUUGAGAAGUGUGCAAACCACUACAACGAGGCACUCUACAAAGCGACACUCUAUGGACAAAUUAAGAUUGUACGAUUUCUUAUUAAUAAAGGUAUAAAUCAAUAUAAUAAGGCACUUUCUGAAGCAAUCAUCUUCAGAGAGACUGAGGUUGUACGACUUCUUAUUGAGAAGGGUGCAAAUCAGUACAAUGAGGCUCUUCACAAAGCGACACUCCAUGGACAUAUUGAGAUUGUACAACUUCUUAUUAAGAAGGGUGCAAAUCAGUAUAAUAAGGCACUUCACGAAGCAACGCUCUUUGGACAUAUUGAGAUUGUACAACUUCUUAUUAAGAAGGGUGCAAAUCAGUAUAAUAAGGCACUUCAAACAGCGGCACGCUUUGGACGUAUUGAGAUUGUACAACUUCUUAUUAAGAAGGGUGCAGAUGACUACAAUGGUGCACUAAGGGAGGCAGCAGGAAGGGGAUCUCAAGAGAUAAUGGAUUUCCUGAUAGAGAAGGGCGCAGAUGACUUCAGCGGUGCACUUCAGGCAGCUGCAACAGUCUACCAAAUGGCAGUGGAACAGGAUUUGGAAGGGGCAUCGGAAUGGGAAUGGGAAUGGGAAUGGGAAUGGGAAUGGGAAUGGGAAUCGGUAUCGGUAUCGGUAUCUCAAUCGGAAUCGGAAUCGGAACGACGCUAUCAAGACAAUUUGAAAAACGUGAUGAAGUUCCUGGAGGAGAAGAUCGCAGAUCUCAAUCCGGAAGGCGGCAAACGGACACGCAACCCCGAAAGCGAUGCAACUCCAGCCAAAGAUGCCGCACAGCAUCAAUCCGAAGUGACGCAGCAGGAUGGCCUGGACCUUGACCAGGAACCUGUCCAGGCGCAGAAGUGGCGCCGAAUUAAUAGAGAUCACACGCCGCGAGCUGAGCUCAUGCUAUCCCGACUGUUCAUAUACCCAAGACCCACCACCGUUCGUCUACGGUGGUCUGAGUUCACUCGGAUCCAGAGAGCGAGAACCCUCCUCGGCUCGAAGGGAUCAGGCAUUAUAUUCGCAAUCACAACUACCCCUUCUUGA